GCAUCCUGCCCAUUUGAUUGCUAUAUGAUUAUAUGUGUUUUUACAAUUCGGGGCUCAUUAUAUUCACUAUAUGGAACAACAACAACAACAACGUAAGCAAUAUCUUUUGGCCGAUCUGUUGCGACAGAUUUAUGUUAAUUGGCCCGAUGCACGAUCAAGAUCGUGUUCACUUAAUGGGGAUCAUCAAGAAACAACUUUCAAUGAACCAGCAUUAAAUCGGUUUCAACUUGAGAAUAAAAAUGCUAAACAAUUGAAACAAUUUGUUCAACAAUUAAAACGGCAAUUAUUGCGAAAAAAUGAACGCCUAAUGCGUUUAUUACGUGAACGAGAUGAUCAUCAACAACAACAACAAUAUAUGCUUAUUUGGUUAGAUCAUCUAGCAAAAUCUCAAUGUUUUUCAAGUAUAGUUCGAAAUCAUUAUUCACAACAGAAUAAUAAUAAUAAUCGAAUGAGCUUGAUCAACAAAAAACUUAAACAGAUUGGCCGACGUUUUUCGGUCAACGGAAUGGAAAUCAAUCCAGAAUCCGGCGGAAAUAGUAAUCAAAAACAUCGGCCUCGUAAUUCAGCAACAACAGAGCCUGAUGAUAAUUAUGAACGAUUAGAAGUGAAACGACUUUUACAGAUUAAUCCGACCGAUGAAUCUGGAUUUGAACAAUGGCACAAUGCAAUGCGAAUGGUUGCUCGAUUACCUGGCGGUAUUCCUAUUUCGUUUCGACGUAAAUUAUGGUUAACAUUAGCCGAUCGUCGACUCAAUCAACGUCAAAUUGAUUGGCAUCAAACUUUUGAUAAAUGUUUUAGUGAACAUCAUAAUCCAGAAGAUGAAGAAUUAGGUAUUCAAAUUGUGAAAGAUUUGCAUAGGACAGGAUGUUCUCUUUUUGCUAGCGAACGACGAGACAAUCAAGCAUUGUUGAAACAGGUUUUAUUAGCGUAUGCACGAUUCAAUCAAACAGUCGGCUAUUGUCAAGGUUUCAAUAUGUUGGCUGCAAUCGUACUCGAAGUAAUGGAAGGUAACGUUCAUCAAGCACUCAAAGUUAUGAUAUAUCUGAUCGAACACGUAUUACCUGAAUCAUAUUUUACCAACAAUUUGAGAGGUCUUUCCGUAGAUAUGGUAGUGUUUCGUGAUUUGAUGCAUAUUAAAUUGCCCGAAUUGGCUGGUCAUCUUGACCGUUUGCAACAAGAUUCCUAUGAACCUACGUUAGGUAUUUACUAUGAACCACCACUUAUCAAUGCGUUCACAAUGCAAUGGUUUUUGACAUUGUUUGCUACAUGCUUGCCUAAAUCCACCGUAAUGCGUAUUUGGGAUCUAAUAUUGGUCGAAGGUAAUGAAAUUCUUUUACGUACAGCAUUAGUUAUUUGGGAUUCUCUAUCCGAUCGCAUCAUGGCAGUAACAACUGCCGAUGAAUUUUAUAGCAUCAUGGAUGUACUUACACGUGAAUUGAUCGAGUUUGGCUUGGCCGAUUCUAAUCAAUUAAUCGGAGCAAUAUGCAACGUAGCACCAUUUCCAUUUCCUAGAUUGGCUGAAAUGAGAGAUAGCUAUUAUUACAAUAUUAGUCCGUUUAAUGCAUCGAUCAAUCAGCUGAAAAAUGGAUUGGUCAACAUGUUCAAUACGUCUAUGCAGAUGUUACUCGAAGAUGAACCACAAUCACGAUCAUCAACUGAUAACGAUGAAACUGUCAAUUGGAUUGAUGAUCAAAUUUUGUUACUUAAUUUGUAUCUUAAUCAAAGUCAGCCAGCUUAUAAAUGGAAAAAUAGUCCAAAUCGUAGUCCAAUUCAUUCGAUUGCUGAUAGCGGUAGUAAUCUUAUAGAUUCAAUACGUAAACAAAUUCAUGGCCAACCAAUUAAUGUUGGUUCAUUAGAUGUAUCGUUGCUCAAAAAACAAUACGUCAAGCUCAAACAACGACAACGACAAGUACAAAUUAUUCUCAAAGAGGGAUUUCAAAACAAACAGCCAUAUAGUGGUGAAGAUAAUUCCAAUACAAACAAAACAACCUUUUCUAUGGCUCGAUUGUUGAGCGGCAAAAAACCUUUGCACAAUAGUCGGUCGCAUCAUGGUAGCGAACCGGUAACUGGCAAAUCAUUUGUAAGCCGUACUCAAUUCAAUCAAUGUGUUUAUCCUGGAUCAAGUAUAGUGUUCAAACGAUCAAAUACAUUUGCUUCGUUACCUGUACAUGGUAAUCACACACAGCAACAACAGCCAACUAUUACUGAUCGUAAUUAUAAGGUGAAUGGUAAGCCUACUUGCAAUGUUAUCGUACAGAUACAGCCACCAAGAUCACCAUCCAAUGAAAAUCAUGGUGAUUGUCAAAUGGAACGUAAACGAUCUAUUACACCACGUUUGACCAAACAUUCUUCAGGCAGUUCAACAUCGACUGAACUUUGUGAUGAGAUUCUUGGCAUAGAUCAGGAUGAUGACGAUGUGCUUGAUCUGGAAUACUAUGAUUACAGUAAGCAGAAUGUUGAUCGAAUAGGAACCGUUGCGGAUGAUACUAAUCGAUUGUCAUCAACGAGUCCAAGUUCAUCGUCGCUAUCGUUGUUGCGGCAACAACAUCGCAAGCCUUCUUCGUUAAGCGAUAUAGAAGAAUUCAUACGCCAUCAAAGCCAACAACAGGAAUCAGAUGAACAUGAACUUUUUACAGUUACAUCUAACAAUGGGUCGUUUGGAUCUGGUACCCAUUUUAAUGACGAUGAUUAUGAUGAUGAUUAUGAUGAAUGGUCAUAUGGUCAAGUAUUUACUACCGCUAACAAUCGUACCGAUCGAUCAGCUACAGGUGAUCAUGCCAAUGAUAAUAGCGAAAAUCAACUUGACGAAACGAUAAGACGAUUCCAGGAACAAAUUCGCAAAGUAAACAUUGAAUGACAUUUUUAUCUUAUAAAACAAAUAUACAAUCUAUUCAAUUGUAAAUCCAUUUUUUCAUCAAAUCAAAUUGAUU